UCCCAUCACCCGCGAUCGUACAUUUCUCCUGGUCUUGUCCUCCUUGGCCCGAAGUAGAUAGGCCGACGUACUGAUGGUGAAUCGUCGUAGUCGUUGAAAUAUUCAAUACUAAAUUAAUAUCCCCCCAAAUUGAAACCACUCAUAGUCACCCUGAACACAUAAAAAAUGGCUGUAGCUGCCAGAGCCCUCGCAAAACUCUCAGUUAGGAGACCAAACAGCCUCAUCAGUGCACAAGUUAGAUUCAAUUAUACGGAGACAAGGAAAAACUUGAAGAUUGACUCUAAUACUAAAGUCAUCUGUCAAGGGUUCACUGGUAAACAGGGAACUUUUCACUGUCAACAGGCUAUUGACUAUGGCACGAAAGUUGUGGGGGGUGUCAGUCCGAAAAAAGCUGGAACUGAACAUCUCGGGAAACCUGUUUUUAAAACCGUGAAGGAGGCGAAGGAGGCAACAGGUGCCACUGCCUCUGUCAUUUACGUACCACCACCAGCUGCAGCGGCUGCCAUAAUGGAGGCACUCGAUGCAGAAAUGCCUCUGAUUGUCUGCAUAACCGAGGGAAUUCCUCAGCAUGACAUGGUCAAGGUCAAGAGACGGUUACUGGAGCAGAAUAAGUCGAGGCUUAUAGGGCCCAAUUGUCCGGGCAUCAUUGCGCCAGAACAGUGUAAAAUUGGUAUCAUGCCAGGACACAUCCACCAGAAGGGGAAAAUUGGUAUCGUUUCAAGGUCUGGGACGUUAACGUACGAGGCUGUGAAUCAAACAACUCUGACUGGACUGGGCCAGUCCCUGUGUGUUGGCAUUGGUGGGGAUCCCUUCAAUGGUACAGACUUCAUCGACUGCCUGGAAGUGUUUCUGAGGGAUCCUGGCACCGACGGUAUCAUCAUGAUCGGAGAGAUCGGUGGCAGUGCUGAGGAGUCUGCUGCUGAGUACCUCGUUGAACAUAACACUGGAGCAAAAGCUAAACCAGUUGUUUCGUUCAUCGCUGGAAUCACUGCCCCACCUGGUCGCAGGAUGGGCCAUGCUGGUGCCAUCAUCUCCGGGGGGAAAGGAGGAGCUCAGGAUAAAAUCAAUGCGCUCGAAAAGGCCGGUGUAAUUGUGACAAGGAGUCCAGCACAAAUGGGCCGAGAGCUCCUAAAAGAAAUGACUCGUCUUGGACUCGUAUCAAAGUAAUGACUAACUGAAAAUCCAAUUAACAAAUGAAUAAAAAAAAUAAAACUCCAAGACUCUCUGUAAAAUGAUGUAGUUAUUUGUGUCGUGUAUCCUCUGAUUAAUAACUAAGUCUUCUCUGUUGAAAAACACAAAAUGCAACGAUUAAAGAAAAAAUAUUGAACAAGAAAAUUCAGCAAUCAACGACAGUUGAAAUUGUACAGAGGUUCACUGUUACGUGGUAUAAUAUAAUUAAUGAAAGUAACUGGAAAUCAUCAUGGGAUAUUAAAUGCGAAUGAAGAGCUCCCGCAGCGACGUAUGCUUUCACACUCGACAUUGCCAGAGAUUUAAUCACUCAACGUCAACAGAUCAUACUUAUAUGUACUGUUAUUUAAUUAUUACAAUGCGCUUAUUGUAAGUCAUGCUGAAUGAAGAUAAGGAGAAUAAAUCGAUAAUUUGAAACAUUA